CCUCCUGCUCUCUGCUCCCCCCGGCUCGUGUCGCUGCUCCACCCGGUAAAUGAACCGCGGGACACGGCGUCUGGGAGGGAGUCGGUAAAGAUACUAGAGCAAGAUUGACGAUAAGUUGCUGCCGCUCAGCUCCGGGCUCCCACAGGCCCCUGACAGGUUUGAACAGAGGAAAAACAUUCCCUGCGCUCAUAGAGGAUUUACAUCGCAAAGAUCUGUCACCAUGGUGUCCUCUAAGAAAUUAGCAGACAUAGGUUACAGGAUGGUUUCUGGCUCAAUGAUAUUACUGACGGUGUACGGUGGUUAUCUGUGCAGUGCUCGUGCCUACCGCUACUUCAAGACAAAAAAGACCUUGAAGGCAGCAGCUAAAGAUCAAGCCAGUGAAAUAAUCAAGGACUAAAAGCUGCUCGUGUUUGGUGAACAAAGCUCCCCGCUUUGCAACAUGUGAAAAAAUAUUUCAUAUUGUAUAUCCAAUUCUAAAAUUUUGUGCAUCAGCUUUAAAAUCUACUCAUUAUAAAAUGUUUAAAUAAUUAUUUAA